AAUCAAAGUAAGCUGUCAUUUGCCUAAUCAGAGAUAAAAAGGGCGACAAGUGAUUUAAACAAUAAUCUUUGAAUGCAUAGAUACACCACGGCAAUCGAAGAAAUUGUGCAUUAAACUAACGAGAAAACAAAGUGUUCACAGUUGAUCCGCGAUAAAUUACAAUCAACGUCGAUUAAUGAAGAAAGACAGCACAUAGAUUGAAUUGAUCUCAAAGAAGGCACGAGGGAAUAGCCAAAUGGGUUCUGUGCUAACCUAUUUCCUCGGUUAUCCGGAGGACAAUAUCGUUGAUUUGAAAGUUGGCCUAACUGGAAGAGAAAAGAGACUUGUAAGAGAAAGUUGGAGUGUACUGCGUGUACAAUCGGUAAACACUGGCGUUGCAAUUAUGACAAGUUACUUUCAACAAUAUCCACAAUAUCAGAAAGUGUUUCCUGCGUUUAAAGACGUCCCGCUAGACGAGUUAGCAGCCAGUAAGAAAUUUCAAGCCCACUGUCAAAAUAUCGUAAGCACUCUGAGCAAUGCCAUAGACGCUCUGAACGACGUUGAUUUGAUGGAAGCGAUUUUGCAUACAGCUGGCGAAAGACACGGCAGAAGAGGUCAAGGUAGACAAGAAUUUAUUGAUUUGAAGGGAGUGAUAAUAGAAGUGAUGAAGGGCGCCUUAAAAUCUAGAUUCUCGACUGAAGUGGAAGCUGCUUGGAACAAAACGAUCGACGUUCUAUAUUUGAAAAUCUUCGAAGGAAUUGAAAGCUCUGUUUCUAUAGAUCACGAACACAAAUAA